CCCGGCCCCGCUGCCCCGCACGGAGCGCGCCGGGACCGCCCCGAGCGCCUGCGGAGCGCGGCCGCGGGGAAAGGGGCGGGCGGGGCGGAGCGGAGCCCGGGGGCGAGCGGCGGGGACGGCGGCGAGGAGGAGGAGGAAGAGGAGGAAGAAGAGGAGAGAGCGGYGCGUCGGGCACAGAUGUGCUCUCUGCGCGUCCUCAGGAUGAAGAUGGUCAGUGUCCUGCUGGUUUCACUCUGGCUGUCCAUGGUCACCCUCGGCAGAGGCUCAGAACGCUGCGAUGAUUGGGGUGUGGACACCAUGAAGCAGAUCCAGAUUUAUGAUGGGGAACCUGCCAAGAUCAAAUGCCCACUUUUUGAGACCUUCUUGAAGUACAACUACAGCACAGCCCACUCUGCUGGCUUAACCCUGAUCUGGUACAGGAUUGCGCAGGACCGGGAUCUGGAGGARCCCAUUAAUUAUCGUCUCCCAGACAAUCACAUCAGUAAGGACAAAGACACCCUCUGGUUCUGGCCUGCUCUUCUCAAUGACACUGGGAAUUACACUUGCAUGCUCAGAAACACAACCUACUGCAGCAAAGUUGCCUUUCCCUUGGAGGUUGUUCCAAAAGACCAGCACUCGUGUGUGAGCCAUUCCAUAAAACCCACUGAGGAGAUGUUCUACUUGGAGCACCCCAACCAGAAGAUCACGUGUCCAGAUAUUGAUGGGUUUUACCCUGCCAGUGUGACACCGACUGUCAAGUGGUACCUGAACUGCACCUCGGUGGAUGGCUUCUAUGAGCGAUACCCCCAAGGGCCCAGGCUUGUCAUUGGCAUUGUCCGCAGUGCAUAUAAAGGGAAUUACACUUGUAUUGUGACAUUCAAGGACCAUGGAAGAACCUAUAAUCUCACCAGAACCAUAAAGAUGAAGGUGGUGGGAUCUCCAAACAAGGCCUUGCCACCACAGUUCACCUCUCCAAAUGAGAAAGUUGUGUAUGAACUGGAAGCAGGUGAUGACCUUAUCCUGCCCUGUGAGGUUUUCUUCACCUUCCUGAAGGAUUCCCGGACUGAGGUGUGGUGGACCAUAGAUGGGAAAAGCACAGAUGACAUCUCRGACCCCAAGAUAAAAGUCACACAAAGUGAAAUUACCAGAGAUUUUGAAGACAAAACUCUCAUAAGGACUCUAACAGUUGCAAAAGCCACAGCAGAGGACUUGAAGCGGAAUUACACUUGCUAUGCCAGGAAUGCCAAAGGCGAGGAGCGCAGCCAGGCCGUGGUGCGCCUGAAAGUUGUAGCACCCAAGUACACCGUGGAGCUGGCCUGUGGCCUGGGGGCGACCAUCCUGCUCGUUGUGGURCUCAUAGUCGUCUAUCACGUGUAUUGGCUUGAAAUGGUUCUCUUCUAUCGGGCUCAUUUUGGAACAGAUGAAACCAUUCUAGACGGGAAGGAGUAUGAUGUGUACGUGUCCUACGCGCGCAACGCGGAGGAGGAGGAGUUCGUGCUGCUGACGCUGCGGGGAGUCCUGGAGAACGAGUUUGGGUACAAGCUGUGUAUCUUCGACAGAGACAGCCUCCCUGGGGGAAUUGUCACAGACGAAACCCUGAGCUUCAUCCAGAAAAGCCGACGUCUGCUUGUUGUCCUGAGCCCCAACUACGUCUUGCAGGGGACACAGGCCCUGCUGGAGCUCAAGGCUGGCCUAGAGAAUAUGGCCUCCAAGGGCAACAUCAAAGUCAUUCUAGUGCAGUACAAAGCCAUCAAGAAGAGCAAAGUGAAGGAGCUGAAGCAGGCCAAGGCGGCCUUGAAUGUCAUUAAAUGGAAAGGCGAGAAAUCCAAGUACCCAAAGGGCAGGUUCUGGAAGCAGCUUCAGGUGGAAAUGCCAGUGAAAAAAUUUAGCAGGAGUUUGAGCCUUGAUGGGUUGAUAUAUAUGCCUGAAAAAUGUUUGACAGCAUCAGAAAACAAACCGAAGCACACSCCAAAAAUCCACAAGUUAGGCCAGGGUGUGAGGGGGAACUCAGGGUUUUUUCCAUGAAGGACCAUGUCCCAAGCAUUUCAGAGGAUAGUCAUGUUUUCCCUGCAGCUUUGACAUUGCUCUGUCAGUAGAGAGACCAAAGAUGCAAACACCUCCUCUCUGCAAAUGUAUGUCCUUGUUAUCAGCCACACAAGCCCUGGAGUUAAGGUCCAAAUUUGCUAUCCAGAUAGGAUGCAUCCAGCACAUCGUGAUAGCAUGGCCAGUAUUCAUAGAUCCAGUUCCUAUGGGACCUUUGUCAGCAUCCAGAGCUUUUUUUCCUCUCCCAAGUGACUUCACUCCUUUCUGGUCCUCAGUCCCUGUUGCAGAGGCUGGGGAACAGUUUGCAAGGUGACUCCAGUAUUGAGCCUUUCCUGAACGUCCCAGGUCUGCAGCCCCAAUCAUUUGUGGGAUUCACUGCGGGAAGUGCAGAUUCUUGAGGCUCCUCAUCUUUGCUCCCCACAUUUCCUUUGAAGCAGGUGCAUGCCGGUAGCUUGGCAGUGGGAAAUGGCUGUUACAAAAGCAUUAAACCCCACCCCCCACAAUGCUAUUGGGUGCUAUUUGUAUUGUAGCACAUCUAGUAACAGGUGGUUAUUGGGACUCUGCAGUCUCACAAGUACUGCAGAUCCUUCCGAGCUGUUUGUAAUCCAGGGAAAUCUCUCACUAGUACAGGCCAUGGAGCAUGUCUGAGAGAAAGUUUCUUUGUAGAGUAAACUCAGGGACUUCACAAGCACUACAAGGAACCCCAGUGUACUACUGAACCUGCCUACUGUCUCUGCCAUUGGCUGUGGCAAAGCAUCAUGCAAGGUGCUUCCAAGGCCUCUGGGAUGACACUGGAUUUAUGUCCAACUCACUAGGACACCCUACAAACUCUGAACUUGCUAAAAACUACUCGUUCUGUCCAUCUAGGUAAGACUAUGAGGACAGGCUGAGAGAGCUGGGGAUGUUCUCUCUGGAGAAGGCUCCAGGGAGACCUUAUUGUGGCCUUUCAGUACUUAAAGGGGGGAUUAUAAGAAAAGUGGGAACAGACUUUUUAGGAGGGCCUUUUGCAAUGGGGUGAGGGGUAAUGGUUUUAAAUAAAAAGAGGGUAGAUUCAGACUAUAUUUAAGGAAGACAUCUUUUACACUGAGGAUGGUAGAACACUGGCACAAGUUGCCCAGAGGUGGUGGAUGCCCCAUCCCUGGAGAUAGUCGAGGCCAGGUUGGAGAAGGCUGUGAGCAACCUGAAUAUGUCCCUGCUUAUUGAAGGGGGUUGGCCUUUAAAGGUUCUUCCCAACCCAAAUUAUUCUAUGGUUCUACG